AUGGAAUCUUUAUCAUUGACAGAUAAAAGUACUAGUACUAGUACUAGUACUACUAGUACAGAGGUUACACCAUCAUCUACAACGUCAACGACGACAACAACUACGACAAACAACAGAUUAAGAAAAGAGGAUAGACCAAAGAACAAUGAAAAAGAUACACAGACAUACUUUGAAAGUGAAUAUGAUAUUGAUAUGACAAUCAAAGAAAACAAGAUACAUGUACCAAAAGAUAGAUUAAAAGUAACAAGACAAGUCUAUUGUAUCGAUGCAAUUGAAUGGCUCAAGAACAAUGAAUUGUCUCCAAAUACCUCUGUUAUUACAUCACUACCAGAUAUCGUAGAAAUGUCUGGUUAUACAUUACCUCAAUAUAAAGAAUGGUUUGUAAAUGCUGUUCGUUUAAUAACUUCAAAGUUAAGUGAUAAUAAUGUAGCAAUAUUCUAUCAAACUGAUAUCAAGAGGAAAUGGAAAAAGGAUAAAUCAGUUACAGAAGAAUACGUUGAUAAAGGAUAUAUGGUUCAAAAAGGUGCAGAGUUGUCAGAGUGUAAAGUAUUGUUUCACAAACUGAUGUUAUCUCAUCCUGUAGAGACAGAGGUUGUAACACGAAACAAGGCAUCUUUUACUCAUAUGAUUUGUAUUGCCAAGAACCCAUCAUCUAUCAUGCAUCAAGACAACACUCCAGAUGUUGCACCAAGAGGUGCGAUGGUAUGGCCAAAAGCAAUGGGUCUCAAUGCAUGUCUGGUGGCAGUGCGGUUUAUUCGUGGUGUUGGAUCUACAUCGAUAUUGGAUUGCUUCUGUGGUAAAGGAAGCGUGUUGGGAACUGCCAAUUUAUUGGGAUUGAGUUCUAUUGGAGUGGAUCUAUCGGUUGCCAAGUGUCGUAACAGUCAUUCUCUUGUCAUUGAGAGUAGCACAAUCGAAAAAUUCAAUCAAACAAUGUGGAAAGAGAAACAAAAGAAAAAGGAUGAUGGAAAGGAAAAGGAUGAGACAAAGAUGACUACCAACAACAAUCAAAAGAAAAUAAAUACCAACCAAUCAAAAGAGACGGUCAAUCAGGAGGAGGAAAAGGAGGAGAAGGAGGAAAAGGAAAAGGACGAAACGAUGACCAAAGAGGAAGAACUAUAA